AUGAAUCCGUACACCUUCCGUGGCUGGCACUUGCCAUCAGCCUAUUCGGAGACAACAAGUUGUGACAGAAACUACCCCAGCAUGUACCCCGCCUCUUGGCCAUCAGGGUACUUUGCCUCACCAUCAGUAUACCCCUUUCAAACAGAUAGUGGCGCUACCAAACAGUCCAACGGAACUGACUGGAAAUUCAACCCCAUAAACUCUGCCGAGAGCCCUAAUGUACCACGGGAUUCCAAUUUCAUGAAGUCCGGAUAUGAAGGACUUCUUUAUAAAACAGCUGCCAACAACAACCGGUCAGAAUUUGACCCCUGCGCCAGAGAUGACCCUCAAAGAUCGUGCUGUGCUAUUUCCUGUACAUGCAACAACCACCAGCGACUGAACGUCCUGGACAACUCCUGGAGGAACUCGGAGAUGUCCCCCAGCCUGGACUUUAAAAACACACCAAGCAUCUCUCCGUACCAAAGUCUCUGCCAAAGAG